AUGACGCAAGACGCCCAAUCCCAAUCUCAAUCCCAAUCUCAAUCCCAUGUCUCCCUCACGAAACCAACCCUCCUCGCCUCCUUACCUCCUUCCGCCCUACCUAAACCCCACGGCGGCUCCGACUCGCCCCGCCUGAUCAUGAUCGGCGACGUCCACGGACAGCUCGACGCGCUGGACGCAUUGCUCGCCAAAGUCGGAUACUCGCGCGCGCGCGGCGACACGGUCGUCUUCACGGGGGACAUGGUGAACAAGGGCCCGAACAGCGGGGGCGUAGUAGACCGCGCCGUGGAGAUAGGCGCGUACAGCGUGCGCGGAAACCACGAGGACCGCGUGUUGCGGGCGUGGGCUGAAAUGCAGCAGGCCGAUGCGGAUAUGGAUACAGAUACAGAUACGGACACGGAAGCGGAAGGGGACGCGGAGGCAGAAGGGAAGAAAAAGAAGGAGAAGAAGAAGAAACACGGGCAUAAGCACAAACAACAUAAGGGUAAGAAAGAAGACCGCAAGACGGCAAAGAGCCUCACGUCCGCCCAGCGCUCCUGGCUCGCCGCGCGGCCCGUCAUCCUACGCGUCGGCACCAUAUCUCCGUAUUACGGGGACGUAGUGGUCGUACACGGGGGUCUAGUCCCCGGCAUAGCGCUCGAGAAGCAAGACCCGCAAGUAGUCAUGAACAUACGGACUCUCAUCAUGCCAUCUUCUUCUUCUUUCUCCCCCGAAUCCCUCAUCGAUUCGUCUACCGACUCCUCUUCGCACCACCCACACCUAAAGCCGAGCGAAGGCCGCGAAGGCCACCCUUGGUCCAAGGUAUGGAACGCGUUGGAGAAAGCGAAACGGAAGAAGACGACGACGACAACCGUAGUCUACGGCCACGACGCCAAGACAGGCCUCAGCAUACGGCGGUACGCGUUCGGACUCGAUAGUAAUUGUGCGCGAGGCGGGGAAUUAACAGCGCUCGUAUUCGAGCCGGCUUCACCAUCCACCACCACCACCAUUUCCAACCCCCUAAGCAGCGAUAGCAACAGCAACAACGACAACAACUCAGACGAAGACGAAGGCCCGGAAAUAGCAGCGUCCGAAAAGCUCGAGCAGGCCAAAUACGGCGUAACGCACCGACUCGUCAGCGUCGCCUGUCGAGCUCGGUAG